CUUUUGGUGCUCUUUUUUCCCCCUUCCCUGUUUAUCCUGAAAAGGAUUUGAAGACAGCUUGACGGAUAAAAAGCCUCGGUGCUUCCCAGGAGCUGAGCCGAGGAGCAGAAGAGGAAGAGCCGGGGGCUGCCGUUGCCUUUGGAGAUGGACGAGCAGCCCAGGCUGAUGCAUUCCCAUGCUGGGGUCGGGAUGGCCGGACACCCCGGCCUGUCCCAGCACUUGCAGGAUGGGGCCGGAGGGACCGAGGGGGAGGGCGGGAGGAAGCAGGACAUUGGAGACAUUUUACAGCAAAUUAUGACCAUCACAGACCAGAGUUUGGAUGAGGCGCAGGCCAGAAAACAUGCUUUAAACUGCCACAGAAUGAAGCCUGCCUUGUUUAAUGUGUUGUGUGAAAUCAAAGAAAAAACAGUUUUGAGUAUCCGGGGAGCCCAGGAAGAGGAGCCAACAGACCCGCAGCUGAUGCGACUGGACAACAUGCUGUUAGCUGAAGGGGUCGCAGGUCCCGAGAAGGGUGGCGGGUCAGCGGCAGCGGCAGCAGCGGCAGCAGCCUCUGGUGGGGCAGGUUCAGACAACUCAGUGGAGCAUUCUGACUACAGAGCCAAACUCUCACAGAUCAGACAAAUCUACCACACAGAGCUGGAGAAGUAUGAGCAGGCAUGCAACGAGUUCACCACCCACGUGAUGAAUCUCCUGCGAGAGCAGAGCCGGACCAGGCCCAUCUCCCCAAAGGAGAUCGAGCGGAUGGUCAGUAUCAUCCACCGCAAGUUCAGCUCCAUCCAGAUGCAGUUGAAGCAGAGCACAUGUGAGGCCGUCAUGAUCCUGCGUUCCCGGUUCCUGGAUGCACGGCGGAAGAGACGGAACUUCAACAAGCAAGCUACGGAAAUCCUGAAUGAAUAUUUCUAUUCCCAUCUCAGCAACCCUUACCCCAGUGAGGAAGCCAAAGAGGAGUUAGCCAAGAAGUGUGGCAUCACAGUCUCCCAGGUAUCAAACUGGUUUGGAAAUAAGCGAAUCCGGUACAAGAAGAACAUAGGUAAAUUUCAAGAGGAAGCCAAUAUUUAUGCUGCCAAAACGGCUGUCACUGCUACCAAUGUGUCAGCCCAUGGAAGCCAAGCUAACUCACCCUCAACUCCCAACUCAGCUGGUUCUUCCAGUUCUUUUAACAUGUCAAACUCUGGAGAUUUGUUCAUGAGCGUGCAGUCACUCAAUGGGGAUUCUUACCAAGGGGCCCAGGUUGGAGCCAACGUGCAAUCACAGGUGGAUACCCUUCGCCAUGUUAUCAGCCAGACAGGAGGAUACAGUGACGGACUCGCAGCCAGUCAGAUGUACAGUCCGCAGGGCAUCAGUGCUAAUGGAGGUUGGCAGGAUGCUACUACCCCUUCAUCAGUGACCUCCCCUACAGAAGGCCCUGGCAGUGUUCACUCUGAUACCUCCAACUGAUCUCCCCGCAAUCGCAUCCCGGCUGACCCUGUGCCCCAGUCGGGGCAGGGGCAGGAGGGAGGGUUUCUCUCCCAACGCUGAAGCAGUCAGACUGGAGGUCGAAGCGAUCAGCAAACACAAUAAGAGUCUCCUUCUCUUCUCUUCUUUGGGAUGCUAUUUCAGCCAAUCUGGACACUUCUUUAUACUCUCUUCCCCACCCCCACCCCUUUUUUUUUUCUGGGUAGAAGCCACCCUUCCCCUGCCUCCAGCUCUCAGUCUGGUUUCAACAUCUUCCCCACCCCUUUCCCUCUGUCCUAGACUUCCUGGGUCCCUGCCCUCUAUUACAUAACGGAAGGAUAUUUUCAACAAUUAGAGAAAUUUAAAGAGGAAAAACAAUGAUAAAGAAAAUAAUAAAAGUGUUUGUAUGUUUUCA